AUGACCGAGCUACUCAUCCUGGACGGUCGACCGCACACCCGGUGCAGUGCCUGCUUUGAACGCCUGCAUCACUUCAAGGACCGCACCGAUUUCGACCGAGAUGGCAUCGACCGCGUCAAAUGGAAGUACGCGAAGAAAAUAGCGCAGGUGCGGAAGAAGCUCGGCAAGAAGUUCUACCGCACCUACAUGCCCGACGAUGCCGUGAACAUGGCAACCCUCAACGGCGUACUGGAAGUACCGUUUUAUACCGACUCUGGAAAUGAUGCGAACAUCAUUUCAGAAGAAAUGCUGGAAGCAUUGAAGACGAAGACUGAAGACGACGUGGUUCAACUGGUGAAGACCUGGAAAGGUUACGCCGUGGAUGAACAGCCGAUGUAUACAGACGUGGCGGCGAACCUGCGAAUCCGUCUGAGCACUGCAGCUGGACCUGUCAACCUACCCGGUGUGCAACUAUGCUACGUAAUCAGCCGCAGCGACUCAUUUCCCGUCUCGCGCUAUGCGUUGCAGUCCACUGGGAUCAACAUCAACCACUUGUUGGAACAAGUGGCUCAAGACCAAAGUCAUGAAGACGGUGAUGACGUGGGUGAACCCGACGAAGACGAAGUCAAUUGCCUUCGGGGUGGCGACUCGCCGUUUGCAAAUGGUGAACAAGACCUCGAGAAACUCGAUGAAGAAGCCACAGCGUCACUGUUGGAAAAAGCGUUUGAAACGCUCAAGAUCAAACACGUCAAGACCCGCAAGGUCAAGGAAAUCGUCACGCAGGUCUCAGCCAAGGGCGUUUGGCGCGCACAAUUCCGUGGAACAAUCAGCGAACGUAUCAAACAUGGACAUCAAGCUAAGGCCGAUGCCCAGCCGCACCCGGCCCGCAAGACCAGUCUUUUAGAGACGAAGUUCCUGGAUGCAUUUGGAAACCAGCUUGAAGAAGAUUGCAUUAUCUAUUCCAACUCUUCGAGUGCAUACUGUAGUCCAGUCAACCCGGUGAUGAAACCAAGCGGCAAGAAGCUGCUCAAGACAAGCGGUGAAUAG